AUGAAAAAAACUAGCGAUUAAUCUAAGGAACGACUUCUUGGCACUCCUAUUGAUGCCCAUAAAGAAAUAAAACCAAAAAUUGGAGGUUAAAACAUCUUAACACCUAUAGAACAGCGUUGGCAAAGCAGAAUUCUGAGGGGAACUCCUCAUUAGCUACAGAGAACUAAUUCAUCUAUAGAGAGCUAAAAUGGAAGUACCGGAAGAUAGGCAUAACUCGCUGCAAAACUCAAUUCAAGCAGCAGGCUGCGAUAGUUCUUCUUCAAAGCAAAACGUGAAAUGAUCCUAUCUCCAAUGAGAGGGUUUAUGACCAAUGUAGUAGUUGGCUUCCUAGUAAACGUUCAACUAAUGAUUAGCGUAGUUAUUGUUUUUGAAAAACUUACAGACGAUAUACUAUCUUACACUAAAAGUGUGAUUCCCUUAAUUACCCUCUCAUCACUACUACUGUUCUUGUGCUUAUUCUCAAUGUGCAUGCUAAUGAGUGAUUUAUUUUAAAAGGGGUGCUUAGCUUGGCACAGAGAUUCAGUUGGAAUACUUAUUCAGCGUGUUACAUUUACUACCUGCUUACUUUUUACUUCAAUCUAUCUUUAUCAAUAUGUGGAUGAGCACGAGCAUUAAAAAGAAAAAGAUGAAUAUGCUAGUUCAAUAAUUGGAUGCUUCUCACCAAUGUUUGUUUUCUUCUGCUUACUAGUUGUUAAAGUACUGUAUUUUACUUUUAAAGAAUAAUUGUAGUUACUUUGCAUUAAGACAAGAAAUACAUUGCUGUGGCUAGUUGUGAUUGUCAGUAUUACAGGCUUAACUGCAAUCUUUCACUAUGAAUUUGAUGAGGAAGGGUAUAAUAUGCCUGCAUUCAUCAAAGCAGUGCCUAUUGCAAUCAUUUUGCUUGCCUACGCGGGAAAUUAACUCUGGCAGAUUAUAUAUGAGAAAGAUCUAGUGAAGAUUAUGAUAUAUGGAUACGAUUCAACUAUCAGGAAAUUCAUUACUAUAAUUAGCGGGUCAUUCACAAUAUGCUUUGUCAUAUCCUUAAUAACAAGUCUUUAUCUUAUUGAAAACAGAUAGAAAGGACAUGAAGAUAUUAAAGAUAUUCUUCAGUUCAUUUUGAUGACUCUGGUGGGAUAUCUGGGAUUGCAAAUUGAAGCAGCUGGGUCUUUUACAGUUGAUAUCAUAUUCGAGCAGUUUUACUUUGAGAUGAUUGAGGAAACUAACAAAAAUAGCAAAUAUCUUACAUCCAAAAAAGCUAAUCCAUAGAAAAAUAACAGAGGGAGAGAGAGGAGUGAAACUCCAGAUAAGGAGGAAGGGAAAGCAAAAACAGCUUAGGUGAUCAAUUAAAAAGAUGGUACAACUUAGAUAAAAAUCAAUAAGAGCAAGAACCGAGAUGAGUCCAAUUCUCGAGUGGUACCCUCAAUCAAGUCUCAGACUUUGCAAACAAAGAAUACAGACCUUUAAAAACCUCUACUUGGGAACUAAAGAGAUUUGGAAGGAGCAGAUAAUUUAUCUGAUGACUGA